CUGUUGGUGGAGGCCGUGAUGUCACAGAGUCAAGUGUGCUCCCAGUGGACCAGGCCGGCGACAGGAAGUAGUUGGGCACAAAAAGGCAGCUGCUGUGUGGGAGGAAACAAAAGGCGGGAGAGAUAGGGCAGAGAGCAGGAGCGUCGUUAAUGACAACGAGGUUGUGAGACUCAUCGCGCUUUGCGAGUUCAGCACCAGCACGAUGGACGCGAGUGUGGCUUUUCAAAAUAACGGCCUUGGUUCUGCGGGGGCAAUGGCAGCAAAGACUGAGCACAGCGUGAAGCGACUUCAGCGCACCAAGUGCUGUGAGUGCAGCAGCUCGCUGGCACACUGGUACUAUGAAAAGGAUGGACUGCUCUUCUGCAAAAAGGACUACUGGGCCAAGUUCGGGGAUCUCUGCCACGGCUGCAAUGACCUUAUCACCACUGGCCUCAUUAUGGUUGCCGGGGAACAGAAGUAUCAUCCAGAGUGCUUCACCUGUCUGAACUGCAGGACGUUCAUCGGUGAUGGAGACACUUACGCUCUGGUGGAGAGAUCCAAACUCUACUGUGGUCACUGCUACUACCAGACCGUGGUCACGCCCGUGUCUCUGCCUGACUCGCCAUGCUCGCACAUCCCUCACACGGUCACGCUGGUGUCCAUCCCGGCCUCGGCAGAGGGUACCGAGCGCUGGGGGAGGGGCUUCUCCGUGGCUAUCGACCAGCCGCUCAGCCCCACGGACGAUUACAGUCCGGAACACGGCCGCACCGUCCGGGUCUCCCAGGUGGAUGCUGACUGCAUCAGUCCAGAUGUGAAAAACUCUAUCCAUGUCGGGGACAGGAUCCUAGAAAUCAACGGGACGCCUAUUCACAACGUCCCCCUGGAUGAGAUCGACCUGAUGAUCCAGGAGACGAGUCGGAGGCUCCAGCUCACCAUAGAACAUGACCCUCACAGUCGGGGGCAGGAGGGCGGCUCCUCUCCAGAGGCGGGAGAGCAGGUGGAUGGUCCACUGUGGACGCCGCUGUCUGGCGUCCCCAGCCCCAUCCUGCCCGUCACCCAACCCCCACUCCCUGACGUCGGCAACCUGAAAUCCCGCAUAGUCACGCGAAGCUACAGUAUAGACAAGUCGCCGGGCGCCAGCAAAGCGGCGUCCCCCGUCUCACCGAAGAAAGAUAUUAAUCGCUCAGAGUCUCUUCGAGUCGUCUCUAACCGGACGCAUCGCAUAUUCCGUCCGUCCGACCUGAUCCACGGAGAAGUGCUGGGGAAGGGAUGCUUCGGACAGGCCAUCAAGGUGACCCACAGGGUGACGGGGGAGGUGAUGGUGAUGAAGGAGCUGAUCCGCUUUGACGAUGAGACACAAAGAACAUUCCUGAAAGAGGUGAAGGUGAUGCGGUGCUUGGAGCACCCCAACGUGCUCAAGUUCAUCGGCGUCCUCUACAAAGACAAGCGCCUCAACUUCAUAGCCGAGUACAUCAAGGGAGGCACCUUGAGGGACAUCAUCAAGAAAAUGGAUAGCAACUACCCUUGGAACCAGCGGGUCAGUUUUGCCAAGGACAUAGCUGCAGGGAUGUCAUAUCUUCAUUCCAUGAACCUCAUCCACCGAGAUCUUAACUCCCACAACUGUCUCGUCCGGGAGAACAAUGCGGUGGUGGUGGCAGACUUUGGCCUGGCUCGCCUCAUGGUGGACGACAAACACGAGGAGAAGUUUUCGCAAGGUAAACUGUCAGGUUUGAAGAGGCCCGAUCGCAGGAAGAGGUACACCGUGGUGGGGAACCCCUACUGGAUGGCUCCUGAAAUGAUCCACGGAAAGAGUUAUGAUGAGAGGGUGGACAUCUUCUCAUUUGGCAUCAUGCUCUGUGAGAUCAUUGGCCGGGUCAAUGCGGAUCCAGACUAUCUUCCCAGAGCUGUGGACUUUGGGCUGAACGUGCCGGGCUUCCUGGAGCAUUACUGUCCGCCCGAUUGUCCCCACGCCUUCUUCCCCAUUGCUGCUGUGUGCUGCGACCUCGACGCUGACAAACGCCCGCCCUUUUCCAAACUGGAGGAGUGGUUGGAGAACCUGAAGAUGCACUUGGACAUCAGCCUCCCGCUGGUGUCGGAAGUGGAGCAGCUGCAAAAGAGCUUCUGGGAGAGCAACAGCGUCACCCGCACUGAGAACGGCCUGCACGUCCACCCUGAGCAGCCAGAGUAAGGACGGGGAUUCCACAGGAGGACGGCGUUCCUCUGUCGGCGAAAGAAAUGGUGUAAUCAUUGCACGCGCACCUCCAUGACGACCCGGCCUAGCUCAGGACCAGCUAGUAGUCUCAGGGGGACAAAGGUGUGUCGGGGAAAAAAACACUUUGACCACAACCGCUUGCUGCACCUGAUGCUUCAUAGAGCAUGUCGUAUGCAAUCACAUCUGUCUUUCCCGCCCAAGUGUCACAUGACGCAGAUAGUUAGCCAUCUUUACAGCUUACUAGCGAGCAACUGUACUUCAGGUCCAAUCCUACACAAGCAGGAGUGCCUACUGAGCUGAAAUGUCUUCGAUAGUGCACUAGUUUGUACAUAGCUGGUUGUAAAUGUGGUAAAUAUUGUACAAUGUAAAGACUUAUUUUAUAUACGUAUUGCAGCAUGGCCAUAUUUUGUUAUGGCUGACCUGGUGAAGAUUGAGACGUUUGACUGCAGUUUAAUGAGGGCUCAGCGUUUGAUAGACUAACAUCGGCUUUUUAUCUCACGAUGCUCCUUUUACAUCCUCCAUGAAUUGUAGCGUUUGGAAUAAGACAGGAGAUCUUCAAGAUACAGAUAUCUUUUUAUCGUUCUCCUUAAUGGUACCAAAUACUGUCUUCUAGUGACUGCCCACCUACUGUAAUGUUUGUUUACAUCCUAUCUGUAAAUACCACGUCUUAGUGUGUGCACUGCGAUAAUAUACGCCGCUUGAAAUAACCGCUUCCACAAAUGUCUCUGGCUAUAUGGCACCUUUUCAAAAUGGCAAAUUUCUGGCUUACGUUGUCACAAGUUGCAUGGUACAGUAGCUACAGUACGGUCUGCCCGCCUUCUAAAAGCCUGUGUAAUCUCAUGUUAAAUAAGGACUUUAAAAAAAAUGUUGUGUAGACUUAAAAAGAAAAAAAAAACAGCAUCUGUUUUAUAUUAAAAUAUAUAUAUACAUAUAUACACAGUAUAUAGAACCACUGAAAUCUUUUGUAUAGAUUUUCAUUUGCACUAUUUUAACCAAAUGGCUGGUUUUCUCCGUGUUUCCUUUGAUUUCCUCUCUUGGGCUACUUAUUGUUGAAGGAAAUAAGUUCAUGUUGAUGAAAUGAUGCAAGACACUGAUCAGGCCUAACAUGGACUUGAUUUUUUGAGCGUAGUAAUGACCGUAUUUUCUGGACUAUAAGAUGCUACUUUUUCCCCAAGCUUUGAACCCUGCGGCUUAACAAAGGUGCGGCUAAUUUAUGGAUUUUUCUUCGCUCACGGCCGUAAUGUUUUGUAUAUAACAAACUUACAUAGUAGUUACAUCGACACAUAAACUGAAAAGCUGUGCUAUUUUAUGUGUUAUGGCGCUUUCUUUUGGACGAGUUCUCUCACUGCAGGUGCCGCGGGUUGAAAGUCUACAGUUUCGGUUUCAGUUUGUUUCGAACAUGCAUACAAUACAAUGUAAUGCAUCACAUAUUUCCACUUGUUUCAUUACAGCACGUCCGAAAAGGAGUAGGAAGAAGCAGAGCUUAUUUAAUCCUACCCCUUUUCAUACCAUAGCAAUUGUAUCCCAUUUCCUUGUUCUCUGUAACAGAACAGUGAAUAAAUAAAUCAUAUACCAUAGUAAGUAAACAAAUAUUAAGUACAUAAAUAAUCUUUAUCUCUUCUGUUUUAUGCCUUGAACCGGAAGUAUAAGUGAAUAAAUAAAUAAUA